AUGUCUGUAGCAAAGCUGCGAGUUGUGCUUUACCGUCAUGCCGGCACCAGUUUUGACCGUCAGUUGGACUUUGCGCAGUUUGGCAAGCGUGUUGCCUUCGUUCUGGCUACGAUAUGUUUGCUGCUCUACAGCUUUCUGUCGCUUAGCUCGUCGGAGGCGAUUCAACGUUGCAAGGAGAGUGAGAAGGGUGUUAUUGAGGAUAUUAUGGUAGAUGGCGUUGUUUUUCCUGAAGGCUGCUUGGUCGAGGACGUCAAACGCGCGAAUGAUCACGCGUGGUGGAAGACUGCUGCAAUUGUGGGCAUGUCGGCAUUCACGAUGAUUGCGUCGCUAAUUCGCAUGUACACCAAGUCGCUGACCGCAAAGGCCAAACGUUCAUAA